AUGUCUCCAACUCUGAUGAACACCUCGAUGCACAUGGCAUCCAGCCUACGCACGACCCCUCCCUCCGACUUUCUCGACCGUCAUGAAUAUGGCGUAAUUAAGAAUCGCACGAAACCCGCCUCCACCGGCGGCGGCCGCGCAUGGAGCGAAGAAGAAGAAGUCUACCUGCUCCAAACACGCCUCCAAAAGAUGCCUUAUAAGCACAUCGCUGCGCACCUCAAGAAGACCGAGCUCGCCUGCCGCCUGCACUACCACCAGCUCUCGCACGGCUCCAACCGCCGCAAGCGCACAGCCUCCAUGUCCUCUGCAGCUUCGACAGCUUGUCUCUCCCCACCGCCCCCAACAAUCCCUUCCCCUAUCCGCGAACGCCCUAUCUCGCCACCAUCAUACUCUACAUCCCCCACCCCAACUACGCCCCUCAUCACCCUUCCCCGCCUCCUCCCUCCCGUCGCCAUCCUCCCCAAACCAUCCCCCGCCACCACCACUCCACUCACCCAGCACGCACCCCCACCCCAGGCUGCACUCCGCCUCAACUGCUCCGUCGCUGCCUCCGCAAUGACGCCGAAUGACAUCGACAAAGAACGUCUGCGCCGCAUCUACGACAACCAUCGCGCGGCCUUCUGGUACGCCAUUGCGGCCGAGUACGGCGCACAGGCACCGCCCGCGCUGCUCGAGGAAGUGUGGCGUAGGGGUGGAUGGUGUGCGCCGCCUACACCAUGUGGGAGCCCUGAGGGGGACGUCCGCGAUACGACAGAGAAGAGGAGGUCCAGCAUUAGUGAUUUGUUGGGCAUCGAUGCGAGUCCCAGAAGUCCAAGGGAAAGGGAGCUGAUUAAGCGGUUGGAGGAGGAGGGAAGGAUGGAGAUGGUUUAG